AUGGCUGAGACAAAAAUAAAGGUCCUUGGUGGGUGGAGGUGGCCUGAGAUGUUGACAUGGAUGCAACCAAUAGAUAUGGUAAAGUCGGCUGAAAUGGAAAAUUAUGGCAGGCAUAGGCUUGUUACUUCAGAGUCAUCAGUAUCUUCUGAUUUGGUUGAAACCCUCUCUCGGCUUGGCUUGGCUUCCCUUGACCUUGGUCGUUGUCUUCUUCUCUUAGCCAUGUCGUCGUCGUCGUCGUCGUCGUCGUCAUCCUCGAAGAAGAUCAUCCUCACGAGCUCAGACGGUGAGUCGUUUGAGGUGGAAGAGGUGGUUGCGCAGCAGUCCAAGACGAUCAAGCAUAUGAUUGAGGACGGUUGCGCAGACACUAGCAUCCCUCUGCCUAACGUCACAAGCAAAAAUCUUGCUAUGGUGAUCGAGUACUGUAGGAAGCACGUUGAUGAGGGCGUCGCCGCCAAGGAUCUCAAGUCUUGGGAUGCUGAGUUUGUCAAUGUCGACCAGGCCACGCUCUUUGACCUUAUCAUGUCUGCAAACUACCUCAACAUCAAGGAUUUGCUUGACUUGACAUGCCAGACUGUGGCUGAUAUGAUCAAAGGAAAGACCCCAGAGCAGAUCAGGAACACUUUCAACAUCAAGAAUGAUUUCACUCCCGAAGAAGAGGAACAGAUUCGCAAGGAGAACCAGUGGGCUUUUGAAUGACAUUAUUAUCUAUAUCUAGUGGGUUUGGAUUUGGGGUUUUUAGUUCUUUUAGUUCUGUUACUGAAAUUGAUUUUAUUCAUCAUCUCA